AUGAAAGUUCCUGUUUAUUCGAAAUUUCUUCUUGUUCUUCAUCAGCCAUUUCUGCAUGGUCUGAGAGAAGGAAUGGCAUAUAAGGUGGAUCACGAGUAUGAUUACUUAUUCAAGAUUGUAUUAAUUGGGGAUUCUGGAGUCGGUAAAUCUAACAUUCUUUCUCGGUUUACCCGGAAUGAGUUCUGUCUGGAGUCUAAAUCCACCAUCGGUGUCGAAUUCGCUACAAGAACUCUUCAGGUGGAGGGGAAGACAGUGAAGGCACAAAUAUGGGACACAGCUGGUCAAGAAAGGUAUCGAGCAAUCACAAGUGCUUAUUACAGAGGAGCUGUAGGUGCUCUGUUGGUGUACGACAUAACAAAAGCACAAUCAUUUGAAAACGUGACAAGGUGGCUAAGGGAGCUAAGGGACCAUGCAGACUCCAACAUUGUGAUCAUGUUGGCUGGAAACAAGUCGGAUUUGAACCAUCUUAGAGCCGUUCAAGAAACCGAUGGUCAAAAGUUAGCAGAACAAGAAGGGUUGUCGUUUUUGGAGACUUCUGCACUCGAAGCACAAAAUGUGGAAAAAGCCUUUCAGAUGAUUUUGUUGGAUAUAUAUCAGAUAGUUAGUAAGAAAGCUUUGGCUGCUCAGGAAUCAGCCAAAGCGGUUGUUCCUACACAAAGAACAACCAUUAAUGUUGGUGAUUAUGGGAAUAAUAACCAAAGGAAAGGAUGUUGUUCUAAUUAGAGGGGACAUAAAAGAGGAAAAAAGAUUGUACUUGUACAUGUUUGUUCAAGACUUACAAGUGAAGUGAAGGACCUAUGAAUGUAGGAUACUUCUUUCUGUAAAAGGUCAAAGAAAAAGAAAAUGAGAAGGAAAUGGUAGGAGAUUGGUGUUAUAUAUAUGUUUUUUCCUUUUAUUUCUUUUGAGUUUUGAUAGGGUAUAGAGAAUAGAUUAAAGAG